AUGCGCGCUGGCGCUGCAUCGGUUGUGUUCGAAAAGCCGUCGCCUGCCUCCGGAGCGGGGACCAUGGCGACGGGGUCCCCGCCGCCGUCUGCUCCGAAGCCCGUGACAGUAGACGCUGAAAAGACUCCUCCCCUCGUAUCCGCGGGUCCCCACAGCGGGAACGAGGCUGCGCCGUCUGCGCCGGCUGUUGCUCCUCCCGCUCCGACUGUCGCUCCUGUUCCCCCUGCUCCCGUUGUGGCGCCGACGACGGCUGCUCCUGCUGGGGAAGCUGCUGUUCCCCCUGUCCCUGUCCCUGGCGCUCCUGGUGCACCUGUCGUUUCUGUCCCCGGCGAGCUUGCGCCGGCGUCUGCUUCUUCCCCGAAGGCGGCGUCCGCCACCACUGUCGGCCCGGCCCCGAUGGUUGCGCCUCCCGGCGCGAACCUGAUGGCUCCCGCUCUGCCGCCAGCAGUCCCUGUUGGUGAGCCGUCUCGUCCCCCGUCGCCUGACCGCCGUCUCUCCCGGCCCCAUUCUCCAGCGCCCCAACAAGAGCGCGAGACGUCGCGGCGCCGGCGCAACUCCCCCCGGCGCUACCAGCAGCAGGCCCAGUGGCCCGCUCACCCGGGUGGCAAUGGGGGCUGGAGGGGUCCCCACGGGCGUGGAGGCGGCGGGAGGUAUCGUCCGCCCGUGACAAUGGCGGAUCUUCAGCGGGAGGUGUCCCGGGCCGUGCGCGAGGAUAGGGCGGCGCAGAGCCAGAGCAGUUCGCUGCGGGCUGCGCCGGCGCACGUGGCUCCUCGCCUGACCUUCCCUGGUGCUCCCGGCUCUCGUCUGCAUCUGCCGCCGGUUCCGCCUGUUGCGGGGGUGGAGUUUGUGGCCGCGGGUGGUGGCGCGGCAGCGGCUCAGUAUGCAGCUGAUGAGCCGCUCCAGUUUCUGGCGGAGGCGCUUCAGCCUCCGCAGACGCGUGUUCCCGAGUCGACUCUCGGUCAGCUCCACCGCCUCGCAGAGAGUCUCCACGCGUUGCUGCUGAUACAAGUCCUUGCUCACUCCUCACUCCCUGUGAUCCCUCCUGAGAUGUUCCGCGACUGUCCGCGCGAGACCUGCCUGGAUGCGGCGGACCAGCUCGCAGUGCUGCUGGCGCCCGUGCUGGCUGCGCCCGCGGAGGGUGGCGCUGCUGCUGCGGGACAGCUGGACGAGGCUGUCCGGAGCUUGAAGCGGCAUUUGCGCGCAGGAUCUGGAGCCGCGGCGAUCGGCGCAAGCAUGCUUGUGGUCCGGGAGCUGUGGCGCUCCCUGACGGGCGUUCUUCACGCCCUUGGAGCUCACCGCAUGUAG